AUGUCCAUUGUCCUUUACUCCAACGCAUCUACCAGGACUUUCAGCAUUUAUCUUGAUGACUACUCUCCUUCAACUACAAAAGAGUCUCAAGAAAAGGAUGAUGUUCAAGAACCAAAUCUCUCCUCCUUUCAACAAGAUCCUCUUCAGGACGACGGUACUCCUAAAGAAACAGAUGAAUCCAAUACCACAGAACCAGAGCCUGAGCGCAUCAGACUUACUUCCAAAAUGGCCUUAUCCAAUCUAGAGUUCGUCUAUGAAGCCAAAUUGGAUCAUAGGCAGAAUCAUGUUACUGCUCAAGACGGAUAUAUCUCCACUCUCGAGAAGUCCAUUGCUGAACUAUCUAAAGCUUCCACGUCAUCCUCCACCUCUCCCUUUCAAGCAUUUAGUGAGAAAGUUCAACAUCAAUUGGAUUUGUUAAGAUCUGACAUAGCAAAUCUAUCAAAAUCCAAUUCUGAGAAAGACAAUAGCUCAUCAGGUGACAUAUAUUCCCUUCAGAAGACUGUUCAGUUGCUAGUCGAUGAAGUCAAGGCUAUCAAGACACAAUCUUCCUCUUCUGAUCUAUGUGCUAUUCAACAAAAGGUUGCAUCGACUGAUUCCAAACUUGACUUGAUCUUAGCAAAGCCAUCUGGUUCAAAUGACAGGACACCUGAACCAGAGGGGGAAAAGUCUCAACAGAACAGAGCAAAGAUGGAUGAGAAAGAAAAGGAACUCGUUCGACGACAAGGGAUCAACGAUCCAUCUCUAAAAGUUCCCAAAAGGAAAGAUGUUUACUUCUCCAAACCUGUCACCUUAUCAGAACCAAUCACUCAUUCAAAGCUUCCUUAA